CGUUUCUACGUCUUUGAAUGGAAGCAAUCAGUUGUACCGGUUAGUGUUUAUCAAGAUGUGAUCUGUUGUGUUGUUGCACAAUGUGGCCUUUAGAUGAGGCCCUGCUUCUUCCAGUAAAGAGCAGGUGAAGCUCUGUCAACACUUUUGACCUACAUGAAGCUUGUGUGUAUAUAAUCACUUGCAUUUGUGUGUUUACUUUAGAGAAACAUUGCAGCUGCUUUGCAUGCACAAAAAGGAUCUUCAGUGGGGAAAUGUAAUUUUACUGUGUAGAUUUAGGGGGCAAGUUUUAUUUUGGUAGGGGGAAAAAACAAGGAAAAAGAGUGUCAAAAAGUUGUUUUCUUGUUAUUUCACGAUAAAGUUACCGGUACAUGUUUUUUAUUUUAUUUUGUAUUCUUUUUCAAAUGUGAAGUUGAUUUUUGACCAACAGUGAAAUAUGACUUUACAAGUGUGACUCAACAGUAUGUGUUUUAUUUCAGUAGUAAACAACGCCAUGAGGAAGUAUGCACUAUCUGUAAAUGUAAGCUGUAGCUCCAGGGAGUAAAAAUAUGUUUAAAAAAUCACUUGAUCUCUUUAUGACAGUGCCCUUCUGUCUCCUGCAUUUUUCUUUUUUUUUCUGCCAGUAAUUCCUCUUUUUUUGUUUAAUUGCACAACCUUUCCCCAUGGCUCUGAAGGAGCUAUCAGGACUUAGAUGUUCAGAGUAGAGUUUCAAAACAUAUCUGUGAAAGGAUUUACCGGACAGGAAAAAGUACAGUCUUUUAAAAAUAAAAGGUGUUUCACGAAAUAUAUACGAGAGAUAAAUAUGUACGGAGAAAUGAAAACUUGUUGGGUAUAGUCAUUUCAACUUAAGCCCCGCCUUUUUUUUACACUCACUUUAAAACCAUCCAACUAGCUAUCAGCCUCUCUUUCGAGGCUCUUCUGGUGCUUUGACAACUGACCCAGCAGAGGGGAGAUGGUGGGACACAGCAGCAGAGGAAGAAAACGUGUGUGGAUGAUGAUGGUCCUGUGGAUUUCUUUCCUGACUCUUCUCUGCUGUUGCUUUACUGAAGCAGAAAACACAGAGCUGGACAGGAUUGAGAGGUGUCAAACAAAAUGUUCUCAGGGGCUCAGCUGCAGGACGAAAGCAGAUUAUUGGUUUCCUCCUGCAUGCCUGGAACACCUGGAUCACCUGAACACUUCCGUGUUCCACAACGUCAGUGUUUCGCCGGUGAUGACAUGCGCGGGGAAGCAGAAGUGCAAGCUGAACCUUCGGGUCAAAGCAGUGUUAGAGCUAUCGGAGUUCAUUCAUGGUUUGUCCAUUUGCACCGUCAGUGCGGGGAUGAUGAGAAACUGCCAGAAGAUCGUCUUCACGAAGACAUCAAGAACAAAACUGUCUGGACUGCUGGUGAGAGUUGACAAUGAUUGCACUGAGAUCUCUCCAAGCCAACAAGUGCAAGUAACGAUAAAAACCAUACCUGACUACUGUGGCACACAGUGGACCAGCAACUAUCACCCUUUAGGAUGCAUGAUGGAAGAUUUGAGAAGAAACGUCCCAGAAUGCAUUACUGGUAGGCUGUCUUACAACACGAACCUGGAGAAGAACGAGCUGCAAAUUAAUGUGUCAGACAUGCUUGAGGAUCACACCUACCACCUCCGGCUGUGCCAUAAGGAUGAUUACAUUUGUGCUGGGACAGGAGACAGCACACAGAUAGAGAAGGAACAACCCGUAAAGAGUGCCGUCCUCCGCUACACUCGACCUUUGCCCUGCCUUUGCAUUGAGGGUUGGUCGGCUGUGGUAGAUGCACCCAGGGUGCGAGUGUGUCCUUUCCAAGACCGUUUGGAGGAACUGUGGUUGGGGAUCACCUUUGACCCGCUGGAGGAAGCUCUGCUGUGGGAGCCUGCCUGCCCCGUGAACGCCGUGGCCGCACUGUGCGAAAAGAAGGUGGAUGGGACCUGUGUUGAUCUGCCGGAGGCCUCCCAGAAUGUCAGCAGGGGAAAGUUGAAAUUCGCUAAAGUGGAUCCACGCCCACAACUGUGCAUGAAGUUCACCAUCGGCUCUCAGUCCUGGGUUCGGUGCCCCUUCAGAGAUGGGAUCAAAGCUUGGGACUUUGUCGUGACAAACAAACAAGGGCACCGGGAUGUCCAGCUAGUGUCGCAGAUACCCGCCACCUUUUCUGUGGGGUUCUGUGGGAGGUCUGCAAACUCCACAUGCCAGGACAACGCACGCAGCUCUGUGCAAGUGCUCAAGGCUAACAACCCAACACUGAUUGGAAAAGCAUGCAACUCUUGUCUUCAGGUGAAGAGGCAGGAUGUGAAGUACGCCGCCAAUGUCGUCCACUGUUUUGAUUAUUGCAGUCAAGAGUCUCGGGACUUGACCUGGAUUGUUCUUCCAGCAGCGGUUUGCCUUACCGGGAUCAUAAUUGUUAACCUGGUGCUGCAUUUGCUGCUAACUGUUUAUCAAAGGAGGAAAAAGGAAAGAGAACGGAAGCAAACAGAUUCCAAGGUCAACUGCGUGGCCUCCACAAUGCCAACUGUCAGGGGCAGCCUUUUCAUAACGGACCCCCCUCAAUGCAGAAUCAACGAGAGAGCCAACUUGAUUUCCAAGUAAUCGCAGAAUAAGGCUCCAGUCCAAAACAUGGAAACAUCAUGAAAGGAUGUUACACAAUUACAUAAGUUCUCUUUCAAGUUUUUUUUAAAAAAGUUGUUCAGACAAGCAUUUCAGUUGUUAGAAGCCUUGCUGUAGAUAUGUUAGUAUGGAUGCUUGUUCGUAGUGUAGUUCACCAAAGAGCUAUAUAGACAUGUAUAAAUAUAUAUAUAGUGGUCCCUCGCUAUAACGCAGUUUACCUUUUUUAUAAUCUUGCUAUUUUGUGGAGUUUUCUGUGUAAUUUUUCUUUAAGGGAAGUGUGUUCUGCUGUCUGAUUGGCUCGUCAAUCAAUCUCCUCCGUCCUGCGCCUCCUGUACAGAAUACAUUGAGUUAGACAAAUUGAAAUAUAUCUUCAAUCGCAAGCAGAUCUUUUUCGUUGUUUAACUUUCAACGGUUUUUUUUGUCUAUAAAGGUUUCAACUUUGAAACGUAGAAAAGAGCGAAAAUGAGGGACCACUGUAUGUGUAAUAUUUUAGGAGGUGUGCGUCUGGCUGAAAGUUAGUUGUUUACCAAUGUUUGUAUUCAUGUUGCAGCUAAAUAUGUAUCAUCUUUAUUUAAAAGUUCUAUUUUCAAUAGUAAAUGGAAAGUAUUUUACCAAAAAGAGCUCUUGUUUCAAAAUUGUGUUGUCAAUAAAGUUUGUGUUGAUUUUUCAUUCCUGGACAAACCCCUGAACCUGAAUACAAUAAGCUGAGCAACCUGCUGAGCUGCCUCAAAAGCACAACAGUGGCCCGUUUCUUGCAACCCCAUCAUUUUGAUCCUCCUCCUUUAACCUCAGUUACAGCGGCCCGUACAGGUGUGAACAACCUCUCUGCCAAUGUCAGUGUGUGUGUAGGUAGGAAGCAGGGAUGUUGAACUAAUUUACAUUUUUGCAAUGCUCUGAAUUCUGUGAAUUAUGCAAGGGAACCGUGAGUGCGGGUCAUUAGCACGUGUUCCUUGUGUGCUGGCUGGCCGGCAAACAGACAUCUACUGCGGUAUGGGGAAGCAGUGAGCACGGGCCUCCUAAAUCUUAUAUUUUUCUUAUUUUCAUUGAGACGAUAAUAAAUAGAUGCCCUAGUUUGAUUCUUGUUUUUUCCCCCCCUUGAAUUAAUGUGGGUAACAGAGACACGGAAGCAGGGGCGGAAUGCGACUUUUGCAGCAGGACGGAGUGUGUACCAGGGAUGUGAUUGGAGAUGUGAUUAUCAAUGCUUUUCUAGAGCUUUUUAAGAUAAAUAAAUACAUCCGAUCUCUAAACA